UUUUCAGUUUCAGGUUGUGCUUCUGCAGCUUUCUCUCCAUCAAGCUGAGCACUGGGCGCUCGCGAUUUCAACUUCCAUGGCCUCGCGCACUUUGCAGGAUUUGACCAACUUGGGCUUUGACCAAGCGAAAGUUCGGGAAGCGCUGCAGGCCAUUGGCAAUCCGGCGGAUAAGGAGGCUGCUAUCAACUGGCUUUUAGAUCAUGGUGAAGAAGAUCGUGGUGGCACCGUGGAAUUGAAGCAUUGCCCUCACGUGGAGGAGUUCAGCCAUCCCUUCGCCCCACAGAAGUUCAUCAAGAGAUCCAGCAUGGCCUUCCACAACCAAUGCCAUCAGGGUUGUCCCGGCAGCGAAAAUUGGUGCUGCCUGCUGUGCGGUGAAACUCGAUGUGGUCGAUAUGCCAAAAAGCAUAGCCUGGCCCAUUGGGAAGAAAAGAAGAGGGAGCAGGAGGCAAACCUCACGGUGGCAGAUGCAGCAGCUGGAAAGGAAGCGAUUGGGCAUUGCUUGGUCCUGGGCCUCUCAGAUCUCACAGUCUGGUGCUAUGAAUGUCAGGCCUAUGUGGACCACGCUCCUUGCCAAUCCCAAGCGAUGGUAAACUUUGGUUGGGUACAGGAGAUGCUAACGCCGUUGUUGAAGCAGAUGGAAGCCUUGAAAUUCGGCAGACCCGUCCCAGGAAGCAUAUCUUCUGCAUCAGCGCCCGAAGCUGCGCAGUUGAAGGAGGGUGCACCUAUGUCUGGUGUGUCCUUGGAAGCCAUGC